AGUCCACUGUGUAGUGUAUGACUUACGUCAACCAUGCAGUCGGUAUGCUCUAAAUAUUUCGUCUAUUUAUGUGAAGUGUUGUGGUAUUGUUAGUAAAUUGUUUGUUGGAAAAAAAAACACACUACACGGUCUCCAGAAAAAUAUUAUUUAUCUCAUCCAAACGUGUACCUAUCUUCUUGAAGACUUUGGAUUUUCGAAAAAAAUAUCUCAAGUAGGAUGGAUACUUUUCGAAAGACAAAUGUUUAUCUAGAGAGAUGGGGUAGGCGAUACUUAAUCAUUUAAAUUAACUGUUUUAUAACUUUUUUUUUUACUUUGUGAACAACAUGAAGAAAAGAUUUCCUUUUUAGAGGAGUAUAGUACAGAAGAUGCGUGGCUCAAGAAGAUAAAUUGAAUCAAAAUAGGAGGAACUAAAAAUAUACGAAGAUGGGGAAUUCCUGCAGCAGCGGACAAGCUCAUAAAGAUAAAGACAAUAUGUCGCAAAGGUCCGAAGAAUCGGGAAGUUAUCAAGUUAGAUCAAGUUUACCUACCGAGAAACAACAAACUUUGCUGAACCACAUAACGCCACAUUCAGGUGUUAUUUUGGAACCCACUACUGCCGGAAAACCUCAACUACCAUCGGGAAACAUUCCAUCCAGUACAUCGAGUACUUUAGAAAAGAAACCAAGCUUUACGAAAGCUUUUAAAGGAGCAACUAUAUCCAGUGUAUCAGAUUCGGUAUCGUUAAGUUCACCGCCGGGAAAUCAAAGUCCUAAGGAAUUUGAGAAAAUAUUCGACGGGAACGUUCCCAAAGAAGUCGGCGCUUUGUCUGAGAAUCUCCAGAAUUUAAUCAUGGGAAAAAUCGCUCAGUCUAAGACGGUUCUCAAAAGUAGAAAAAUAGUUAUAUACGUUUGUGCGGCGGAUUCACAAGACUGUAAUGUUGAAAAGGGGGCUCUCCAUAACGUCAUUUAUCCUGAACUAAGGGCGAACUGUAGAUCGAGAGGUUAUGAAUUGCAUAUUGUAGAUUUACAUUGGAAAACGCUAUUGGAAAAACAACAAGACCACGAAUUUCCUGAGUUAUGUAUUGGAGAAUUAACGAGACAAAUGGAAGUGGCUUAUAUCAUACCAGUUUUAUUUUUGAAUAAUUCCCUUGGUACCCAACUAUUGCCAAUCACUAUAGAAUGUCAAGAUUUUAAUAUGGCAAUGGAAAGUGCUGAGAAUCAGUCUGCUCAAGGUUUACUAUCUAAAUGGUAUAUUUUAGAUAGUCACGCACAACCACCAUGCUACAGAUUGCGACCAAUAUCUUGUCAUAUUCCUGGUUUCAAAGAAACUUCUCUACAGGAUAGAGAACGGGCUUUUGCUGAAUGGGCGAUUGAAAUUGAUAAGAUGUUGGCAGUACUUAUAACAGUUUUUUCGCAGGAACUUCGAGAUACUUAUCUAACGACAGUGGUCGAACAGGAAGUUCAUAAUACAGUUUUCAUGAGCCAAGAAUUAGCUAAAAGAUGUAUAUGGUUGAACAGGGUGUAUACUCCUAUUGCUAAAACCCCUGAAAACAUGAGCCCAGGAAAAGCGGAAGCCCAUAGAAGACUAGAUAUAUUACAAAAGGAUUUGAAGAAUCAACUAGCUGAGAAGCAUAUCGUAAGAAUACCAGUGAAGUACGUGGAAGGUGGUUUGGAUGUGAAAAUACCAGAACACGAAGAAUAUUUAGCAAACGUAGUACACCAUUUGAGGAAACAUCUUAGCGAAAUGAUAAAAACGAUCAUAGAUGAACAUCAAAAUAAAACUAUGUUGAAACCUAGCUACGGCAUAGAAGCUACAUUAUUUGAAGAACUAAACCAACAGACCACGUUUUGCCAAAAAGCUGCACAGUGUAGUACGGAUCGAGAAAAAACUAUUAACAACGUUAAAGAGUAUAUAACUGGUAGUAGUACUGCGCCAUUAGUUAUUUAUGGACCUAGUGGUAGCGGUAAAACCACUCUGCUUGCUAGAGUUGCCCAAUGUUGUCAGUUGUGGUUACCGGAAGCUUUUUUAAUAGUUAGAUUUAUCGGCAUCAGUGCCCAAUCUAGUACCGUAGAGCAACUUUUAAGUUCUAUUACCAAUCAGUGUUCCAUUUUGAAUUAUGGUCAUAAGUGCUAUUGUACCAAUAAUAUAGAAACUUAUCAAAAGGUACUUCCAACUUUACUUACAGCGAGCUGUUUGCAAAGACCUUUGAUAAUACUCUUAGACGGCUUAGACCAAGUUCGAGCGUACAGUUCUAAAAACAUAGAUUGGCUACCUACGGAGUUGCCAGAUAAUAUAAAAUUAAUAAUCUCUGUAUCAGAGUCCAGUGAUAUGCACGUCAAAAUUAGCGGAAAACUUAACGAAGAUAGUUUUAUAGAGAUGCCAAUUCUAGGUGAGGCAGAAGCGAAAAGCAUUCUCAUGUCGAGCGUUAUGCAGUACAAUCAUAGUGUUAAUUCCAAAAUUCAAGACUGUGUUCUGAAAUCUGUCCAAGAAUGUACGAUUCCUUUAUAUUCUAAGGUUUUGGCGUGGCAAACAUCUUGGUGGGUGGAUAAUGAGCAUGAUAUUCUCCCAAAAGGUCACGUUAACGAUCAAAUCCAUCAGAUGUUUGAGGAACUGGAAGCUAUCUUAGGUGAAACUCAAGUUCAACAUGCUUUGGCUUUAUUGACUUGUACCAAACAUAGUCUUACAGAUUCGGAAAUGAUAGAUUUAUUAGCUUUCGAUGAAAAUUUCCAUAGUGGGAUGACUUAUGUGUCGUGGUCUCCAGCAUGUUUAACAUGGUCUAGAUUGAACAAGUACUUGGCUCCAUUUCUUCAUUGGACGAUGACUGGGAAGGCUUUGGGUGUUCAAUGGAAAGAUAACUUGUUGAAGCGAGCAGCGUCAGAGAGAUUCAAAAGUCAUAAAAAAUGGGCUCAUCAGAUGUUGUACGAUUAUUAUAACGGUCGAUGGUGGAAAAAUAAACCUACGAACGUUCAAGCUCGUCUAGUAGUCCAGGAAAAUUUAUUAGGAAAAUGUUACAACCGCCGGAGAUUGGACGAACUUCCUUACCAACAUUUCCAACUCUAUUCCAACCUGGAAAAUUCGCCAUUUCUUUCUGAUAUUUCUUGGAUUUAUGACAAAGUGUGCGGGUCGAACUGUUAUCAAAUUUUAGAGGAUAUCAAUUUACACUCUCACCCGACCAACCAGUUUACGAUUAUCCUAAAAAAUUUCAUCGAAACUCACGCGGCGAUCUUGAACUAUGAUGGAAAUCAAUUUUAUUCGCACAUGUACAAAUAUCUGACGGAGAAAAUUAACAAAAAUGAACUAACUAUAGAAAAUGGCGAUUCUAGUUUAUCGAAAGUGUAUAGUGUUUGUAAAUCCCCUCCCGUGUUAUCUUUAAUGGCUGUUACCGAAAAUGAAGCGGAUUUAUUAUCGGAAGAACUAAUGGGAAUAGAUAGCGACGAAAAGACUUUUGAUUUAGUAGUGAGACUUCCAAAGACUGAUCAAUUCAUCGUCACCGUUUCUACGAAUAAAAAGGAACUUUGUGUCUGGGAUAUUAUUAAUUGCCAGCCAGUAAGAAGACUGCAGAACGUUCCACAUCCUAUAAAUUUAAUUCCUAUAGAUCAAUUUAAAUGUAUUGUAUUGUGUAAAAGAGAAUUAAGGAUAUUCGAUUUAAAUUCUGGUAGUUUUUUAACAAAAUUGAAAGGUGUCAUGAACCAAAAGAUGCCCUACUUCGGGCUACACGACCAAUCUCAUUUGGUGGCACUCAGUAGAAAUAGAAUGUAUAUAAAUCUUAUGAAUUUAGAAAAUGGUGAUUGCGUAACCACAUUCAAGGCAGGGGAAGACCGCUUUCUUAAUUCUCUGCUGGUUUCAGGGGAUGGGAGAGUCCUUGUUUGUGGAGACGAAACACAAAAACCUUUUCCAUUAUUAGUGUGGAAUUUGAAAUCUAGAAAACUAUUAUACGAUCUUAGAAUUCCUCAUCAUCAUUUCAUAACAGCGUUAUCCGCCAUAACCUAUGAAGGUAACUACGUUUGUUGUGUUUGUUAUGAGAUAGCCGAACCAAAUCCCAAUUUUAUUGUUGUCUAUGAUUUGCAAAGUGGUACAUUAUUCAAGAAAUGGAAGCCAUCCUGUAAUACGGUUUCCUUAGAAAUAAGCUCACAAGGUGGCUGUGUCAUAUCUGGUCUUGAGGACGCAAGAAUACUUGUGUGGGACCUCAUAACUGGUAACUGUCGUUGGUCAUUAAGUGGACAUACAGCACCAGUAUCGUCAUUGAAACUAGAUCCGACAGGUGGCUACUGUCUUUCUAGAGAUUUAGAAUGCAGGGAUAGAUCAAUCAGAAUAUGGGAUCUUAAUAAAGGUGAAUUGGUAGCAGUCUAUACACCAAAAAUGAAAAUAUCAGCAUGCGAAAUUACUUCACAUGGUCGAUUUGUGGUCUUGGCAUUGGAUGGAUAUAAAAAUUUGGUUACACUGGAAUUGAGAGGACCCAAUGUUCCAGAAAAGCCGCAACAUGAGGUAUUCGGUGAAGAGGAAAAUACUGGGAAAACCUUUGUGGUGCCAGAAACGUGCUGACUAAAAUAAAGCAUCAUAGUUUAUAAUUCUCAAACCCUCAAUAUUUAAAUGAGCUUGGAAUUCGAGAGAUAAAACUUCACCAGAAUACAUAAAUGGAACAUCCCAUAUUUUUGUCAUGUAUAGUUUCAGACUUGAAAUUCAGAAUUGAAUUAAAGCAGUGGCCAACUUUCCAGCACCUCCAGAUAUUUGGUAAAAAAUCAACCUUAUUUACUUAUGAUUAUCUUUCGAAUUCCAUUUAUUUAUCAAGUUUUAUCUUAAAAAAAUACCUGUGUACAGAAAAUUCAAUUAUCAGAACAAACAACAGGGACGGAUUUGAACCGAAUGGCUGUCAAUUAUUAUAGUUUAAUCAUCUUUAAAUAAAAUAAUAUUACUUCCAUAAUUUGCAAUUUUCAUCAGAUAUUAGGAAUUAGAGUAGUGAAAACGAAAAAUUUUGAAUAAAUGUCAGAUUCGUGUAAAUCCGCCCCAGCGUAAGGAUAUUUGAUAUAAUAUCAAUUGAAAUUAGUUUACGAUGUAUCGAUUCAAUCAGAUAUAUUACUUCAAUUGAUGUGUUUAUCGAAAAAAUAUUUUGUAAAGGGUAAGUUGUAUCUAUGUAAAUAUUCCAAUUUUUGUGCAUCAAACUAUAUAGAAAGGAAUGAACAUUAUUUUUAUUACAAUUAAUUCAUUGUGUAUCCACUACUGUAUCUAAUAAUAUAAUUAUUUGUAAGGAA